GUAGCGUCGGCAGCGUCGGCGUUUUCGCAGUUUUCGCUUGUUGCGUUUUCCGCCGUCUCCGUGAGCAGCGAGGCGUAAGGUCCGGUUGUUGCUGUUUGUUGAGGCCGCCGAUGCCGUUUGCAAUCUGAAAUGCCUGGUAAGCGACAGUACAGCGAAUACCUUUGGAACACCAAUUGCAAGAUUCCUAUCCGCUCGAAGUGCCGCAUAAAGAAUCGUCGGACUGUCGAGCGUCCUACUGUUGAGUCGGACGAUUCCGAGAACCAUGCUGAGGACAACGACACACCUGGCCAGUCUCAAGCCACUGGAGCCACUAGAGCUGCGACCCCACAGAGUCAAUCGUGUGCCAACAGCGACGGAGACAAUGCAGAUGCCGGCCACCGCGCUUGUGUCGACACGGCGGCUGCGAUGGACUCGGCAGCCGAAAGCGAGGACGAGACCGGGAACAAGUUGUCAUCGUCGGAGGACUCGCCGGACCCGUCAUCGUCGGAGGACUCAUCCGACCCGUCAUCAUCUGAUUCUGAAGAUGAGUCGGAUGCUCCUACCUCGCCGAACCCGGGGUCAAGAAGCGAGCUGGAUGAGCUGCUAUACCCAGCAGCCAAGCUGUCAAUGGCAGAAAGCCUCCUGAUGGUAAUGGGCCACAGUCUUCGGCACUGUUCAUCCAAGGAAGCCACGGAGAGCGUACUCAAGCUGAUUGACUCUCAUCUACCAAAGGAUACAAAGUAUCCUACAACAAAAUACUGCUUUUUCAAGCAUUUUGCUGGAAGUGUGGGUAGGAAGACUAGGCAUUUCUACUGUAGCAGCUGCAUGGGUUACAUUGGAGAAUUAGGUCCUAGUGACGGUGAGGCCUGUUGUAACCAGUGUGGUAUGAAGCAUUCUGAAAACGACCUUGUGAAGUUGUUGUCCUACUUUUUUACCCUAGAUCUUGCUAGCCAAAUCCGUGAGAUGCUUGAGACGAGCGAUGGCAGCAUCCUAGGCAAACACCGUUUGUCGUACGAUGUAACAGACGUGACUGAAAGUCUUGGUUGCAGUAGGCUCCCACUGGGUGCAGAUGACCUAACUGUAACCUUUAACACUGAUGGUGUACCGCUUUUUGAAAGCAGCAACUUUGGAAUUUGGCCCUUGCUUGUCCAAGUUAAUGAACUUCCAUUUAGGGAGCGAAUGCAAAAGCUCCAAUUGUUUGGACUAUGGUUUGGUUCAGAGAAACCAUCUAUGAAUACAUUCCUUGUGCCCUUUGUGAAAGCAUUGAAUGAGCUGUCGUCGAGUGGCAUCUCAUGGACCGACAAGGGAGGGAAUACCAGAGUGUCCAAGGUAUUCCCAGGGCCUUGCACGGUGGACACCGUUGCAAGGUGCGAACUCAUGCAGAUGACACAGUUUAACGGUGCAUAUGGAUGUGCAUGGUGUGAGGAGCCCGGCGAGGUGGUGGAAAAGGGGAAGGGGCAUUCUCGUGUGUACCCAGCCGGUGCUGCUCCUCCCAAAAGGAGGACGCACGAGUCUUUCUCGCAGCAUGCCCGCAAAGCGCGUAAAGGCGAACCAAGCUGUGGUGUAAAAGGGUCAAGCGUUCUUUUACUACUUUCUUUUUUUAGCUUUAAUACAGGCUUUGUGGUAGAUUACAUGCAUGCCGUAUGUUCAGGCUUCGUGCGAUCCACCACAUUUCUCUGGUUCAAGGCAAAGCGACGUGACGCGUUUAACCUGCGUCCCUUUAUGAGGGAUAUGGAUGCUAAGAUGAUGGGCUUGCAGCCCAUCUGGGAAAUGUCAAGACUGCCCAGAUCCCUGAAUGUCAUGAAAGAGUGGAAAUCGUCGGAAUGGAGAAACUGGCUGCUGUACUACUCCCCUGUAGUUUUGAAAGGAAUCCUUCCUUCGAAAUAUUUCAACCAUUGGAUGCAGUUUGUUGAGAUCAUGCAUUACCUGUUAGGUCCAUCACUUUGUAUUCAAAAGCUCCGAGACCUUAGGGUCACCAUGUUUGGUUUUGUCCAGAAGUAUCAGGAGUUGUAUGGCAAAGAGCAUGUUACAUACAACACACACCUGCUCAUACAUCUUGUCGAUAGUGCAAUGGAGUGGGGCCCGCCUUGGGGCUACUCAUUAUACCCCUUCGAGUCCAUUAAUGGGAAACUGGGGCGGCUUGUGAAGGGAACUCGUUAUCCACAUAUGCAAAUUGUGGACAAGUUUUCUUUGCUCCAGGCCUUACCAAGACUUUGGAGAUCUACAUCUCAUCAAAUGGGAGAGGGGGGGGGGAAAUAA